AUGGAUGUAAUGGGAAAAACAAGAUCCGUUCUUACAUUGAGUGGAAGAGUUUUGAACGAGGCACUGAGCUUCAUUGUUUUCUGUGUCCUCGACCUUGUUGAUUUUCUUUUGUGUUUUCUUUUCAAAGCUGUGGACUUGUUGAUUGAGGCAGAGUGGAGACCCUGCUAUUGUUCUUCCACAAAGGAUGCAAUCACAAGCUGUGGAGAGAUCUUGGUUUCUGAACAAGGUGGAGAAUCCAAGAUCGUUUCACUGAGCUCAACCAAGUUACACUUGGAGGACAUUUCAGAUACCCUUUACUCUCGUCCUUCUUUGGUGUCUGAGGUUUCAAGGUUAACCCUCAAUGAACUCAAACGCUUCAAGUUAGAGGACCCCAUUUUACAAUCCAAGAGAGGGAGCUCCCAUUGUUCCACCACAUUCACAGUGAACACACCAAUUGUGGAAAUGCUACAAGGUAAAAUUGGAAGGCAAGAAGUUCAUCCCAUUCCAAGAUGGUCUGAUUGUCACUGCAAACUAUGCACAUGUUGGAUCUCAUCUUCUUCUUCAUCAUCACCUACUACCAAUAAUAGUAAAAACACUCUCUUUGUAAAUGCUCAAGGCCCCAGCAUAGAUGAAGCAAGAGAAGAUGUGCUGUUCAUUCAUGGGUUUAUAUCAUCGUCAUUGUUUUGGACGGAAACAUUGUUCCCAAACUUCUCGAGUGGAGCAAAAUCAAGUUAUCGGUUAUUUGCGGUUGAUUUACUUGGUUUUGGGAAAAGUCCAAAACCGAGUGAAUCGCUAUACACAUUAAGAGAGCAUUUAGAGAUGAUAGAAAGCUCUGUGUUGGAAGCCCAUAAGGUGAAUUCAUUCCACAUCGUGGCCCAUUCAUUAGGAAGCAUUUUGGCUCUUGCUCUUGCCGUCAAGCACCCUCACUCUGUCAAGUCACUAACCUUGCUUGCCCCUCCUUUCUAUCCAGUACCAAAGGGUGAAGCACAGGCGACACAGUAUGUUAUGAGGAGAGUUGCUCCGAGGCGCGUGUGGCCACCCAUGGCGUUUGGAGCGUCGUUAGUGUGCUGGUACGAGCACAUAACUAGGAUGAUUUGCUUGCUCAUUUGCAAAAACCACCGCUUGUGGGAAUUUCUAGCCAAACUCAUUACUCGAAACAGGAUAAGGACUUUCUUGCUUGAAGGGUUCUUUUGUCACACACACAACGCAGCCUGGCAUACCCUACACAACAUUAUAUGUGGAACUGCGGGAAAAAUUGGAUCAUAUUUGGAUGCUGUAAGAGAAAACAUAAAUUGUAAAGUUACCAUAUUCCAUGGCAAAGAUGAUGAGGUUAUCCCUGUUGAAUGUAGCUAUGAGGUCCAAAGAAGAAUUCCUCGUGCCCGUGUUAGAAUCAUUGACAACAAAGAUCACAUAACCAUUGUUGUUGGAAGACAGAAAGCUUUUGCUCGAGAAUUGGAGCAGAUUUGGAGCUCUACAAACAACUAG